AUGUCGACGACAAAUCCCGGCCAGUCGAUCCCCUCCUCCCAAGCGGCCAAUCUCCUCUCCUCCUUCACAACAUUUCUCACCCUAACCCUCCACACCCUUCUAUACCACCGAGCCCUCUACCCACCAGCAACCUUUCUCACCGCCCGUGCCCUCAACCUCCCCGUCCACCAAUCCCGUCACCCAGGUCUCUGCACCUGGAUAAACGACUCUGUAGCCGCAGUAUCAGCCCAGCUAAGAAAAGGCACCGUCAGGCGUAUAGCAAUCACAAUGCACGCCGCAAAAUCGUUUGACGUGCUGGAGCGUUGGGUCUUUGACGUAGAGGCCUUUCCUGCUUGGGGUGACGCAGGGAUGGAGGAGGAGCAAGAAGAGCAGGCAUUUCUUGCUGCUGGUGUCGAGAUGGAGGAGGAUGAUGAGAGUGUGAAUUGGACGGAUGUGAAUGAGGCGUUGAGGGGGGCACUUCGUCGUGUUGCUCAUGCGGCUGAGAUGAUGCCUCCUCUUCCAGCGGGGAGCACGUUUACACUUGCUGUUGAGUUGCGUGAUGAGGCAGCUGCCCCUAUAGGUGUAAGUAUAUUCUGCAUAUCAUGUAUACUGGCUGAUUUUAUUACAGCACCCACAACAUUGGAUCCCUUCUCAGCCCAAUCUUCAACCGCCAACCGAGACGUCACUUAA